UGGGUACACAGCAGUGCCGAUAAGAGAGUAGGGAAAAAGAAGAGAGAUGGAAUGCUGGCAUUUUGACAAUUCCAGAUUAGCUUUGUGCUGGAAUACAUUGCCAGAGGACAUCGUGAAAGAGAACGAGUGAGGGAGAGAGAGUGAGGAGGUUGUUUGAGGGAGAGAUGCUCCACUGUGACUGUCACACUAGCCUAGACUGGAAUCCGCUCAACUGUGCCGAUGUCAGUGUGUGGAGAGGGUUGUGUCUGCUUUUAUGCUCAAGAUGUGUUGGAUUGCCAAAGCAGCCGAAUGGAUAAAUUCUUGCUGAACAGGAGUGUUAAUUAGGUCAACAAUUUGAAAUCCGGAAGCUUUUUUAUUUGCAGGUGGUUUGGGUGUUUUGGAAUCCUCAAAGAAACUGAAACUUGAUUUUUGUCUUUUUUUUUCUCCUUUGAGGUGUGCCUGAAGCUCAGUUAUGAUCUUGACUGAAAAGCACAUCCUUGUGUUCUGAACGUGAAAUGCAACAGCUCUGUAAUCACAUGUACCAGAGCUUCAAGGUUCUGGUCAGCACUUGAGGUGCAGCUGAUUCUAAGGGAUGUUAUCACGGAGCCGUUCCAAUGAGCAAGAUGAAACAAAUGGGUCGGGUGAACUACAGCAAAGAAUGUCUAAGAAAAGAGACCUUGGGAAGAAGCGGACCCAGAGUCCCAAGGUCAGUCGGAGCCUACGCAAGAAGAUUCAGAAAUUCCUCCAGGGCUCAGGGGAAAACACCGCCUAUGACUCUCACCACUCUCCUGUAGAGAUAGAGGAUAUGUUCAUCUGUGGCAUAAAGAGAGACCCCUGUACUCAUGAGUGUAAUCUCUCAACUCAGCGUAGUUUUGAAAGUCAUUCUAAAACCUCCAAGAAUUCAUUUAUUGAGCAGGGGAGGCGUAAUAGUGAUGGCAAUAUUACAAUCCCGUGCAUCAUGGAAAUGAAUGGCCCUGCAUUAGAGCCCACAGACCAAGCAGAAGACAGUGGCUGUGUAGAUGGAAGAGGUGCCAUGGAUAAUAAACCAAGCAAAAUUAAGGACAGAGACAAGACAAGAGGAGGCAGCUCAAGCACCAUAGUGGAGCACAUUUUGAAGGAACUGCAGGGGAUUAAUAAAAUCCAAGAGGAGAUAUCAGAUUUGAGACAAUACCUGACAUCUGUAAGUGGCUCAGUAGAUGAGGUGUCCUGCUGUGUAGAUGCUGUACUGCUGGAAAUUGAGGAGCUGUACUCAGUUGGUGCUGUAGGGCAUCCAUCACCUCGAAGAGUUGUGGCUCAUCAAAGGAGUCCAGGUAGGCAGAAUGCCAUUGCAGUCCCACAGAGUAGAAGUAAUAGCCCAAUAGUAAAGCAUAGAAAAUUGGAGAAGAAUGAAGGUAGACCUCUAACGGCCAGACCUACCAUGUCAGGAUGGGAUGUGGAAACUGAUUAUCGAGAUGUACCUAGAAGAGCCAAGUUACACAAUCCUAAGAUUUCUGACAACUUGAAUGCCCCCUCUGCCAGAUUUAAGAAGUCCAGUUACUGCCAUCUUGAAAGAGUUUAUGGGCAAGAGUUUACAAGCACUAGUUCCUUAUCCUCAGGUCACAGUUCUAACAGUCGUGAUCCAGAUGGAAGUUAUCAAUCUAGGGAAGUUGACCAACACAACAGUGGUUGGAGACGUUCGGAAAUGCAGUUGAGCGUGAGUGGAGAAGGAGGAUGGAGUGGAGACACUGGAUGGAGUGAGGAGGAUUACUGCUCCUGCCAGAACAGUGCAGAUGAAUUGGAAACUGUUGGACACCCAGAUACAUGGUACAGGUACAAUGGUGGCGAGACCAGCAGCACACCGUGUCAUUCAUCACGAAGUAGCUCUGAACACCUAUCCCUACUGUUUGGAAACCAUAAUGACUCUCCAUCCAGUUCAUCCAGUGUUGUAGAUUGGAGGCAUCCUAAGAAUCAGACUGUUGGUGACGUUGGUUGUGACUGCACAUCAAAUUGCAUGUACUCCCGAAGUUCUGGAUACCACACCAUGGACGCAUAUGCUGAUGAAUCAUGUAGUGGGCCAUCCCGAAGCCUUAGUUGUUCAACUGUUGGAAUGACAGACUACGAUGACGGUUGCCAAAAUCUACACUCCUCUUGCGAGCAUUGCCUCUGUGAUAUGGACUCGGAGAAAGAGUGGCCAGGUGAGGUUUGCCCAAGUGUGUCUGAGGAUCAGUAUGACCCAGAUUACUCUGAAACUACAGAUACUGAAGAGUCACAGCCACCUAAUCUAGGAUAUGAUGUUGUAAAGAUAAAUAAAGCCAUGAUAACCUUCCACUCCGCUCUAAGGGGAGCCUUGACGAAGCUUGACAUGCCUGAACCCCAGUGUCUAGAUGAGGACACCAAGUCUGUAGUCUCAAGUCCCUGCAAAUCCAAUGACCCUGAGGAGGAGAGUACUGGUGAGUCAAAUGUAGAUAUUGUUGUACCUUCUGAUGGUGCAACUUUAGAUCUCAGUGUGUUUCCUCAUAAGAGCAUCGAAGCCUCUUCCCAUGGGAAGGACUUGCUGGAAUUACUAAACCAACGGCGUAAUUCUCAAGCCUUUGAUCCUCUAGUGUCUACUCCUAGCACGAUUUCCCCUUCACAUACUCCAACUGAAUACUAUGAAGUAGACCACUCAGAUACUGUAGAGGAAACUAUAACAGAUCACAAACUUUCCAGUCUGCAGUGUAUUCCAGAGCUUAGCCCAAAACAUGCAGGUCUGAGUUCAGGAAUUGUUGAGUCUUAUGAUCACCAAAUGGCAUUUGGCACCGGUAAUACCAAAAUAAGUCCAGAGGGCACUAAUUCAGGAACACUGGAGACAGAUGUUAAUGCAAAACAGGCGGAGCAUAGUCUUGACAAUGAACCUGCCCUUGAGGACCCUCAUCACCAAAAGUGCCUUGCCAAUAUUGAACGUGUGCUUAAAGAGAAGAGACAUCGACAUAAACUAUCCAGGAUUGCCAAUGCCUCAAAGAACACUUUCUCUGAAGAGGAAUUUAAACAAGAGGGAAGCAGGGAAGAUGAUCAGGGCAAAGAAAAAGGAGAUAAUUCCAGACAUGCUUGGGUUAAAGCUGGAAAUGGGAGUGGAAUAUUUGGAAUUGACAGUAUGCCAGACCUGCGGAAGAAGAAAGCUAUUCCUCUGGUUAGCGAUGUGUCUCUGGUCCAGGCCAGGAAAGCUGGCAUUGCAUCUGCGAUGGCUUCACGCUCCUCCAUAAAAGAUGAGGAACUGAAGAACCAUGUGUAUAAGAAAACGCUACAAGCUUUAAUCUAUCCAAUUUCUUGUACCACACCUCACAAUUUUGAGGUGUGGACGGCCACUACGCCCACCUACUGUUACGAGUGUGAGGGACUUCUUUGGGGCAUCGCAAGGCAGGGCAUGCGCUGCACCGAGUGUGGGGUCAAGUGUCACGAGAAGUGUCAGGAGCUGCUGAAUGCAGACUGCCUGCAGCGCGCGGCUGAAAAGAGCUCCAAACAUGGUGCCGAGGACCGCACUCAGAACAUCAUCAUGGCCAUGAAGGAUCGCAUGAAGAUACGUGAGAGGAACAAGCCUGAGAUCUUUGAGGUCAUUCGAGACGUGUUUGUGGUCAGCAAGGCCAUCCAUGCUCAGCAGAUGAAAACUAUCAAGCAGAGUGUCCUGGAUGGAACCUCCAAGUGGUCAGCCAAGAUCACCAUCACAGUUGUCUGUGCUCAAGGGCUACAGGCUAAAGAUAAGACAGGUUCCAGUGACCCCUAUGUGACCGUCCAGGUGGGUAAAACCAAAAAGAGGACCAAGACGAUCUACGGCAACCUCAAUCCUGUCUGGGAGGAGAAGUUUCAUUUUGAAUGCCACAACUCCUCAGAUCGCAUCAAAGUUCGUGUUUGGGAUGAAGAUGACGACAUAAAGUCGCGAGUGAAGCAGCGUCUAAAGAGGGAAUCUGACGACUUUUUGGGCCAAAGCAUCAUUGAGGUGCGCACGCUGAGUGGAGAAAUGGAUGUCUGGUACAACCUGGAGAAAAGAACGGACAAGUCUGCUGUUUCUGGUGCCAUCCGUCUUCAGAUCAGCGUCGAAAUUAAGGGUGAAGAGAAAGUGGCCCCCUACCAUGUCCAGUACACCUGUCUGCAUGAGAACCUCUUUCAUCACAUCACAGAUGUCCUCGGUCAGGGUGUGGUGAAAAUCCCAGAAGCCCGUGGCGAUGACGCCUGGAAGGUUUACUUUGACGACGUGCCGCAAGAGAUAGUGGAUGAAUUUGCAAUGCGCUAUGGGAUUGAAUCCAUCUACCAAGCCAUGACGCACUUUGCAUGUCUCUCGUCUAAGUAUAUGUGUCCUGGUGUCCCUGCUGUGAUGAGCACCCUGCUGGCCAACAUCAACGCCUACUACGCCCACACCACUGCAUCCACCAAUGUCUCUGCUAGCGACAGAUUUUCCGCAUCCAACUUUGGGAAAGAAAGAUUUGUCAAGCUUUUGGAUCAGCUGCACAAUUCCCUGCGCAUUGACCUCUCAAUGUAUCGAAACAACUUUCCUGCAAGCAGCAAGGAACGUUUACAGGACCUCAAAUCUACAGUGGACCUCCUGACCAGUAUCACCUUCUUCAGAAUGAAGGUCCAGGAACUGCAAAGUCCCCCGAGAGCCAGUCAGGUUGUGCGAGACUGUGUCAAAGCCUGCCUCAACUCCACGUACGACUACAUCUUCAACAACUGUCAAGAGCUGUACAGUCGCCAAUAUCCUCAAAUUGGAGAUACGCAUAAGGACGAGUGCACCCCUGAAGAUCAGGGCCCGAGCAUCAAGAACUUAGACUUCUGGCCCAAACUCAUCACGCUCAUUGUGUCCAUCACUGAGGAGGACCGUAACUCCUACACCCCUGUCCUAAAUCAGUUUCCUCAGGAACUGAACGUUGGGAAGUUGAGUGCAGAGGUCAUGUGGAAUCAGUUCUCUCAGGAUAUGAAAUACGCCAUGGAAGAACAUGAGAAACACAGACUAUGUAAGAGCGCAGACUACAUGAACCUACACUUCAAGGUCAAAUGGCUGUAUAACGAAUAUGUGAAGGAUCUACCAGCCUUCAAGGGAGUUGUGCCCGAAUACCCCACGUGGUUCCAGCAGUUUGUGCUGCAGUGGCUGGAUGAGAACGAGGAUGUGUCCAUGGAGUUCAUGCAUGGAGCCCUGGAGAGAGAUAAAAAAGAUGGAUUCCAGCAGACGUCAGAGCAUGCUCUCUUCUCCUGUUCUGUGGUGGACGUCUUCACCCAGCUCAACCAGAGCUUUGAGAUCAUCAAAAAACUGGAGUGUCCCGACCCCAAAGUCAUGGCCCUCUACAGCCGCCGUUUCGCCAAGACCAUUGACAAAGUCCUCCUGCAGUACAGUGCCAUUUUGAAGAAGAGCUUCCCGUCCUAUUGUGAUAAGGAGAAGAUUCCAUGCGUCUUGAUGAAUAAUGUCCAGCAGUUGCGUGUCCAGCUUGAGAAGAUGUUUGAAUCUAUGGGUGCCAAACAGCUGGACACAGAGGCCAGUGACAUCCUGAAUGAUCUACAGGUCAAGCUGAACAACGUCCUGGACGAGCUGAGCAGCACCUUCGGAAACACUUUCCAGAGCCGUAUUGAUGACUGCAUGCGUCAGAUGGCCAGUCUGCUGUACCAGAUCAAAGGUCCCGUCAACGCCAACAGCCGAAAUCAGGUGGAGGCAGACUCUGAUAACAUGCUGCGGCCGCUGAUGGACUUCCUGGAUGCAAAUUUGAUGCUGUUUGCCUCAGUGUGUGAGAAAACUGUGCUGAAGAGAGUGCUGAAGGAGCUGUGGAGGAUUGUGAUGAACAGUCUUGAGAAGACCAUCAUCCUUCCUCAGGGCAAUGACACCUUUGGAAUGAUAUUUUCAGCGGCCAAAGAACUGGGUCAGCUCUCCAAACUCAAGGAUCACAUGUCUGGUGAUGCUAAAAGCCUGACCCCCAAGCAGUGUGCAGUCAUGGACGUGGCCCUUGAUACCAUAAAGCAAUACUUCCAUGCUGGAGGAAAUGGAUUGAAGAAGGCCUUCCUGGAGAAAAGUCCUGAACUGUCCUCACUGAGACAUGCACUGUCCCUCUAUACCCAGACCACUGACACACUCAUCAAGACGUUUGUUACUUCUCAGCAUGCUCAAGGCUCAGGAGUUGAUAAACCAGUAGGGGAAGUAUCCAUACAGAUCGACCUCUUUACUCACCCAGGCACAGGAGAGCAUAAAGUUACAGUUAAAGUUGUGGCUGCAAACGAUCUGAAGUGGCAGACAUCUGGGAUGUUUCGGCCGUUUGUGGAGGUCACCAUGAUUGGCCCUCAUCUCAGCGACAAGAAGCGCAGAUUUACCACCAAAUCAAAGAACAACAGCUGGGCGCCCAAAUUCAAUGAGACCUUCCAUUUUAUUCUUGGAAAUGAGGAUGGCCCGGAGUGUUACGAGCUGCAGGUUUGUGUGAAGGACUACUGCUUCGGCCGUGCGGACCGUGUGGUCGGUAUCGCCGUCAUACAGUUGCGUGAUGUCGCACCGAGGGCCAGCUGCGCCUGCUGGUGUCCACUGGGCCCACGGAUACACAUCGAUGACACGGGCCUCACCGUCAUGCGCAUCCUCUCCCAGCGCUCGGGUGACGAGGUGGCCAAAGAGUUUGUGAAACUCAAGUCCGAGACCCGCUCGGCCGAGGAGGGGAGGUGAGGACGUUCUGACAGCCGAAGGCAAUCUGAAACUCUUUUAGUUGUUGAACGGAUAAACAAAGGCUGGAUGUCAACACUGUCACCUUUCUGUGUCCACACCAAUGUUUUUGCUGCCCACUGACACCCACUUCUUUCCAAAAGAGAAGGGCUUUCAGUGGCCAUGUGACAUUUUAUAAAGAGCACUGUUAGUCUGAAAGUGAAUGGGGAGUCAUCCUGAUAAAAACAAUCAACAAUUAAUUUUUUUCAUAUGUUGAUAUACAAUGAAAAACACACUCACACACCAAGCCACUGACAAACUAGAAAAGGACUAGUCAGGGUAGAUGCCAUAUUUUAUGAAAAACAAGACCGUGAUGGAUAGACAUACAGUGCUGUGUUGUAUUGUACCUCAGUUUUGCCUAAUUAGGAGUUUUUUUUUUCCAUUAGAUAUUUUUCUUUUUAGAAAUAUGUAUUUGGGUGAAUCUCAUAAAAACAGACCACAUUUCCUUGAAAUAUACAAUUAAAUCUAAUAUAAAAGUAAGAAAUUAAUACAUUUAUAAAAUGAAGCCUGUUUUAGGACUGUUUUUACAUUGCUAUUAUUUCAUUUCAGACCUUAAAUUCUCAUUUCUAUUUAUUAAUUGUUUUACUAAUAAUUGCAAUGUUGAUUUUCAUUACUGGUAAAAUUAAAAUUACAGUUAUUGAAGACAGUACAACAAAUACUAUGAUGUAUUAAUAUAUUAUGUGAAUACUAUUUAAAAAAUACAAUUAAUAUUAUAAAAUAUUAAAUAUAGAAUAAAUAAUACAAAAUAAUUUCAAAAUGCAAAUAAUAUAAAAUGUCAUUAAAAUAGACUAGUAAAAUAUAACUGAUUUUGGGUGAACUUUAACUCUGACAUUUAUGAGAUGCUUCCACUUUAUGAUUCAGCCAUUUUCAAACCUUUCAUUAAUUUAAUAACAGUAAACAGUACACAACAGUAAAACCAGACAUUUUGUUUGUAAGAAAAAAUAUUGCGUCUAUCCCUGGCUUAAGGUCCUACGAGCAUUCAGAAUGUUUGAAUCUGAGAUUUGACCUCCGACCAUUAGAUGGCGCUGUAAAUGUGUCGGGUCAUUAGUUUGUAAAAUUCCACACCUAUUCAUGCACUUUUUCUCUGUAACCCCUUUUGCCAUGUGUUUAUUGCCUUAUUUUGUUGAUGCUGUGAAUGUGUCAGGUUGAAAUGUAAUGAUUAUGAUUGUUCUGAAUGUUGUGGCUCCUAAGACAGUGUGUUACUUUCCUAGGGGCCAGAUCUCAUUCACUUGGUGUUGUGGCGUGAUUCGUUGCAUGAAUCAGAAUAAGUAAUCAGAACCGACAAGUCCAAAAAAAAAAAAGUGUUUGUAGAGAGAGAUCAUGUACAUUUCACAUCAUUUCCAAGUCAGCUCGCACGUGACACAUCCGUCAGCCGAAAGUGUGCCUUUCUUACAGGCUUUGCGGACGCUCAAAAGAUGGAUGACCUGUUUGCACCUCAGCCCACAAAUCUUCUGCCUCUUACGGUCCCCAUUCAUUUCAAAGUGAGCGGUACUUCAGCCAUUGUCUAUGACCAGUAAGUGGCAGCAAUAAUCUCAAGUUCACAUUUACACUUUUUUUUUUUUUUUUUUUUUUUUGUCCAUCGAAAGACAAUGCAGCAGCAUCGGACAGUAUUGAAGCUAAAAUGUGUGAAUGCUUUAAUGGGGAGUCGUGUAAUACUUUUCAAUACUUUAUAUUUAUAUAGUGGAAUGAGAACGCUGAAAAAUCAGCAUCAACUGGAGAGGGAAAGUUAACAAAUAUCAGAUCAAGCUCAAAUAUGAUCACUGAUCAAUUAAAGAUAAUGUUGAGUUUUGUUUGUUUUCAUUUCAAAGCGGCCUUAUUUUAUUUGUUCUGAUAUUUUCUAUUUAAAUGAUUUUAACUUCUGUUUUUUUCCUUUUAAGUAAAGAUGAUUGUCUUUUUUUCUGUGAAGUCUUGUUGUUACUCCGUUUUCUUUGUUUUGUUUGACUGAUUUAUUUUCUUUAUUUGUUCAUUUGAGGAAUUUUGUACUGUGUUGUGCUUUGUUUUUCCAGAAACGACUCAAACUGCAAAAACAAACAGGAAAAAGACAGUUUGUCCCUUCGUUUGUUGCCUGUGCAAAAAGUCUCACCUUGUUAAUCCAAAUUUCAAUGUAAAAAUUAUUGUAUUUUUCACAAGCACUGCCAAUAUGUAAAAUGUAUGUUAAUAUUGCCAAUCAUUAUUGUGACUGUUAAACCUGUUAUUUAUUUCUGUACAUUUCUCACUUCUAACUCUGUGUCACUUUAUAUACUGUUACCGUUGUUUAGGCCAGCAGUGUUUGGACUGUAUUUUAGAAGAGAACUGUCACUCUUUGUAAUAUACACAUUCCUUGUGCCAACUUGUGGAAGUUCUCACCUUUUUUUAAACUCUUGAAACAAUACUGACAAUAAUCACUGACAUGUUUGGGACUUAAUGAGUUUACUCACAUUUUUGAAGUUAUAUAGGUAUUGUACACAGUCACUGACAAGGAAAAUGUGUUAUUAAAAUGUUUAUGUGCACACUCCAACAAAUGACUUUAUGUAUAAAGUAUCUUAAACUAA